AUUCUGCGCCUGACCCAGGCAGGAGGAGGCAGUGCAGCUAUAGGAUUGUGCCAUGCUGUGCCCAGCCAGCUGCUGCCACCAUCUACAGUCACUGUGCUGAUGCCACCUGCACUUCCCUACUAAGGAAGGAUCCCUCACUCUUUCUUCCCAGGACCACCAUACCCAGCUGUCUGCCAGCUUCACCCUCCAGGACUGGCACAUACCUCUGCCCUGUCCUGAUCUGCUCCUGGAUCAUUACCCGAGAGGAGGCUGGACUGGGUCACUCUCUAGCUUUUUUGGAUAUUGACCACUGAGGACCUACAACAACCUGCUCUAUACAAUUUCUAUUUCUACACAUUCAUUUUUUGGGGGAAAAAAAAAAAAUCCCCAAGUUCCCCAGGAUGACCCCUGAAUACUUCUUGAGGUCCUUGUUGAUGAUGAUUUUAGCAGUUUUCUCCGCCAAUGCUAGCAACUGGCUGUACCUUGCAAAACUGUCCUCGGUAGGCAGCAUUUCAGAGGAGGAAACUUGUGAGAAGCUCAAGGGAUUAAUUCAACGCCAGGUGCAAAUGUGCAAGCGGAAUCUGGAAGUCAUGGAUUCCGUAAGGCGAGGGGCUCAGCUGGCCAUUGAAGAAUGCCAGUAUCAGUUUAGGAAUCGACGCUGGAACUGCUCAACACUCGACACAUUGCCUGUUUUUGGAAAAGUGGUGACACAGGGCACCAGGGAAGCAGCUUUUGUGUAUGCAAUAUCUUCGGCAGGUGUUGCCUUUGCAGUGACCCGGGCAUGCAGCAGUGGAGACCUAGAAAAAUGUGGCUGUGAUAGGACUGUUCAUGGGGUCAGCCCUCAAGGGUUCCAGUGGUCCGGCUGUUCGGAUAAUAUUGCUUAUGGAGUGGCCUUUUCCCAGUCAUUUGUAGAUGUAAGAGAGAGAAGCAAAGGUGCAUCGUCCAGUAGAGCGCUAAUGAAUCUCCACAAUAAUGAAGCAGGACGGAAGGCCAUCCUCAACAACAUGCGAGUAGAAUGCAAGUGUCAUGGCGUCUCCGGAUCAUGUGAAGUGAAGACCUGCUGGAAAGCCAUGCCUCCAUUUCGCAAAGUCGGAAACGUUCUGAAGGAAAAAUUUGAUGGAGCAACUGAAGUGGAGCAGAAAAAAAUUGGAACAACCAAAGUUUUGGUUCCCAAAAAUUCUCAGUUUAAACCACACACGGACGAAGACCUGGUCUAUUUAGAUUCCAGUCCCGAUUUCUGCGACCAUGACUUAAAGAAUGGUGUUUUAGGAACUACUGGCCGGCAAUGCAACAAGACUUCCAAAGCCAUCGAUGGUUGCGAGCUUAUGUGCUGUGGUCGAGGGUUUCAUACAGAAGAAGUCGAAAUUACAGAAAGGUGCAGUUGUAAGUUCCACUGGUGCUGCUUCGUCAAAUGUAAACAGUGCCAUAAAGUGGUAGAGAUGCACACGUGUCGGUGAUCAGCCUCUUCUACCAGAAUAGACAGUUCUUUUCUCUACACACCACCCAUGUCAUUCCUUCCACCACGACAGGUGAAGCUCCACAAACUGCCGGAAAAAAAUGAUAAAGCGGGACAAUGGAUUUUUUUUUAAAGAAUAUUUAAAGUCCCCAGAUAUCAUUGAUGUAUAUUUGUAUCCUUGUUCUUAUUUAUUGCCGACAAACAUUGAGGUUUUCAGCCAGUGCUUCCCAUCUACAUGUGGUGAAAAUGACUUUUUGUGUUGCUGCUUCUAUAGGGACGGAGACCGAGACAUGACCUGCAAAAAUCUGCUGAAGGAACGGAACUCCAACAAAUUCUAUAAAAAAAGAAAAGAAAAAGGACUUUAAAAAAAUGUAAUUCAAAAGGUUGAGAGAAACUUAUAUAGGAUGACCACUAUCCACCUUGUUAUUCCAGUGACAUUUAACUAACUUCCACCCAAUGACCAAAAUAACGAAUGAAAAAGUUUCAUUAUAUUUUUUUGAAAUGGAAACAAAAAUGUUAGCAUAGGUAUUUUAUAUCUAUAUCAAUGUAUAUAAAUAUAUAUUCAUGUUUUGUAUUACAAAUAUUUCUGUACAAAAAAAGAUUAUUAAGCCCGGUUCGAGGUCAUUACACAGGUUUUUCACAUCUUUUCCCGUUUCUUGAGGAAAGACAGAGCUGUAAGCUCGUUUUUACGUAGAAUUUUUUUCCCAUUUCUCAGAUUUUCCUGCUGAACUCAGGGGAGUUAUACGGUGCCGCGAGUAAUACGGCGGCAAAACUGCAGCCUUGGAACUAAAUUAAAGAACAACCCUAGUCAUAAGUGACCUACCUGUUCACAUAUAUAGUCUUGUCCAUAGGGGGCAUUAUUAUAGUCAUUUGCGCUGAUGUAGAUCAGAUCUCGAAAGGACUUGAAAAGUAACAACCACUUUUUGAAACCAGAAAUCUGCUUAGAGCAGACGCCACUUCCCUUGCCUCCGCUCAUCUUGGCAGCUCAUACAACUCAGCAGGGGGCACCAUUGCGCCCAGGAAGAAAAAGAAAAUCUUCGGUCCAUCGUAAGGAAUAUUGGAAGAGACAUAUAGAAUUUUUCAAAACAAAAAAUAUAUAUUUAGCAAAAUCUAUCUUUUAAAUGACUUUACCAUUUAACAUAGCGUUUUACUGCACUAUUUAUGUUAAUAUCAAUUAUGACUGGAGUUGCUCUUAAAAAUUCUGGAACAAAAUAGAACAUGU